CGCGGGGCUGCGGGUCAGACCCGGUCUUGGGUCUCCGCGGCGACGGGACGACUGGAACGUUGGACGGCCUGUCGGGAGAGGACCGUCCUGUAUGUCACCGGGAGCGGAUUGCAUAGGGGACGCGGCUGGAGGAGGCCAGGUUUGGGCGUCGGAUCUCUGUGCCGCCUCUGUCCCUUCCUUCCUGAGCCCGUGUGGCCUUGGGGUGACAGAUCCACCACUGUCACCUGUUACAGAGUUGCAGUGUCUCCAAGCAGGCUGGUUGCAUACAGUAUAAUUCGGGUGUGAACUGCCCAGUCCUCAGAUCUCAGAUGUCCUCCUUCCUCUGGGAAAGGGUGAAGGUCUGUGAGCGUGUCCCCUUCCGCUUCAGGACCUCAAACCCCAUAGUGUCUCAGAGAACCAGGAGCAAGAGUCUUCCCUUCACAAGGAGUUGAAACCGGAGGUCUGUUUGUGUUGUCCACUCUACUCCAGAUGAGCGCGAUAGGUCUCCAUACAUCUGGCAAAAACUCCAGAUUGAACACACGCCACCUGGCUCAGAGCAACUCUUUCCUGGGACUUCAUCCUGUAUUUUAUAUGGACAAGUGGGAAGAAAGGAAAUACAGGCUAAUUAGCCUGCCAAGGGAAACAGCCUUAAUGGCAUCUGCAUAGCUCACAGAAUAGACUGCAAGACCCCAUGGCUGGAAGUUAUGGCGUGAUGGGUGACGAUUCUAUUGACUACACGGUCCAUGAAGCGUGGAACGAAGCCACCAAUGUAUACUUGAUAGUGAUCCUUGUUAGCUUUGGCCUCUUCAUGUACGCCAAGAGGAAUAAAAGGAAAAUUAUGAGAAUAUUUAGCGUGCCACCUUCAGAAGAAACCUUGUCAGAGCCCAAUUUUUAUGACACAAUGAGCAAAAUCCGCUUAAGACAACAAUUGGAGAUGCAUUCCAUUUCAAGAAAGUAUGAGUAUCAACAGCCACAAAGCCAAGCAGACAGUGUGCAGCUCUCAUCGGAGUGAAACUUCAGACUGAGCAACAGACGUGAUCGUGAGGCAGCAUGACACCAAGUUCCAAAUUUUCUCUCCUAAUGAUGAGUGGCAUUCAGAACACUUGUCGGAUAAAGUCCCCACCCCCACCCCCGCCUUGGCUCUCUUUCCCUGCUUCCUCUAGGGCUCUAGGAACAAAGUCGCUUAGAAGGAAGACGCUUGUGACUAGAGAUGGGGACUCUCCCUUGAGGACCUAUGAUGUCUUCAGGAUACAGCGAAGAGUACGAACAUGUCUUCGGAAGCAAGAAUCCUGGAGUUAACGUCACUUGAAUUAGAAUGUUUUCCCAGAGUGAAAUCCUAGCUACCGAGGUGGUUUGCUCUUUGGUUGUGGUCUGUGCUGAUGAGUUAGCAUCAGUAGCAGAUUGACUUGUGUAAUUCUGGGCCUGUGACCUCAGCUUCACGACCUGUGUGACACUCUAGAACUCACGCUCUCUUCUCCACCGUGAAGCACAGCCCAUCUGCUUGUUCUAGACGCUUCCCGUACUGAAUUUACCUCCCUUUGGUUGUAGUCCCCAAACUUGUUUUGUUUCUGAUCCAUGCUUCCCUUGCCCCCGCGGGGCUCCGUGAGGCCCUGCUGUAACACAGAGACAUGUCUGUCUUGCCAUUGGCAACUCCAUCACUGUUGAAUGUUACUGUCUAGGCCCUCUACUUCUUAAAGCUUUGUUGACAUCCA